UCAAAAGUCGACUUGAAUGCUCCUACGGGAAAGAAGUGUAAUUGCGCUGCAGCUGUAAAAAUGUAACGGUAUAUUUUUGCUAAUUUUGAUUUGGAAAAAAAUAAAAACUACUAAAGGGCUGCUUUUUGGAUUUUUUUUUCCCUUCCGAGCAGUUUUCCCUUGACUUGGUAGUUUUUUCAGUCUUGGAGAAGAUGCCCCUGCCUCCAGCCCUGCUGGCCCGUUUGGCCAAGAGAGGAAUCCUAAAGCACUCAGAACAGGAAGCUGAAGAGGAGAUUAUUGCUGAAGACUAUGAUGACAACAAUGUGGACUAUGAAGCCACCAGAUCUGAGAAUUUGCCACCAAACUGGUACAAGGUGUUCGAUCCUGUCUGUGGUCUUCCCUAUUACUGGAAUGUGGAAAGUGACCUGGUGUGCUGGCUCUCUCCAAAUGAUCCCAGUGCUGUUAUUACCAAGGCAGCCAAGAGACUAAGAGCAGAGAUGGGAGAGGAAUGGGGGGAGAGGCAGUUUGAGAAGCCGGAAAGAGAGCGAGACAGAGAGGAGAUCAGGGAGAAGCGACUACAGCGCAGAGAAGAGAGUGCCCCCUACACCAAGAAUAAGCGAGGGAGAGAGCGAAAGGAUGAGGAGAUGGACCCAAUGGAUCCAAGUGCUUACUCAGAUGCUCCCAGGGGAACAUGGUCAACUGGGCUGCCCAAGAGGAAUGAGGCCAAAACAGGUGCCGACACCACAGCAGCAGGACCCCUUUUCCAGCAGCGGCCGUACCCCAGCCCUGGGGCUGUACUGAGGGCAAAUGCGGAGCUUACCAAAAUGAAGGAGUGAAGAGACCGCGUUUAUGGUAUCUACACCUGACACUGAAAUGUCCCUGGACUGACACACAUCCUAGUUUCAGGGAGGCCGGGAAAAAAAAAAAAACAGCAAAACUGAACUUUUGUAUGACAGCUUCAAUACCUUUGCCAUAUUUUAUGUUAACAGGAUAGCAAUGGUAAAUGUCUGGAGAAAAGCCAAUCUGAUGUAGAUUUCUUUAAUUUACCUAAAUAUCCCAGAGUAAAUGAACCUUAGAUUAAAAACAGACCUUUGGGGUGAUGCAUGUUCAUUGGUGGUUCAUUCUGAGGUUUGGGUGUCAGACCUACUGAUGAAACCAUACAAUGUUGAUUUAUUCUUGGAAGAGUCUGAUACCGUGUGUGUUUUUAAUGCUAACUUAUACAUACACCACAAACAAGCCUAUUCAAGUAGGAAUUGGCACUUGGGGGCAAAAAUGUCAUUUCAGUAUGACCAUUUUUAAAUUGAUCUUGUUUACCAGUGGUUCUGUUUGCUUUAAACUAGCUGAACUUUGUCAUUCCGCAGUGUUUUAUUAAAAUGAAGAUGUUGAAACUGACCAAGAGCACAACAUCUAACUUUGCUUCAAGAAUCAAUAUCGAUUUUCCAGUACCAGGUUGCUGAUGAUUGAGGGGGGGGAAAAAGACAAACACCUUGCAGUUCAAAAUAUUAGAACUUUUUUCCUGUAAUCCUUGCAGAAAGGAGCACUCAGUUCUACAAUUGCAUAGUAAAUGAGUUUUGAUCUUGAUCAGUUUUAUUGCAAAAAGAUACAAUCCCUGUUGUAGGGGAUAUUACCACAUGGACAAACAUACAAAAUGGACAAUUACAAUUUAAAAUUUAAAAAAAAAAAAAAAGCAUCUUAGUAUCCCAUUUCUUGCAUUACCAAUCCAGUGUGUAAUUCCGGUAUGGGACAAUCUAAGACCAAUUUUUUUUUUCCUGAAAGACAUUUUGAAAAUAUUUUUAGGAGGCUUGCUUCUUCUGAGUUUGUACGAUCAAGGAAACUAAAUAUCACUAACCCACUCAAACUUGCAAAUAUGCUCUACAACUUCUCAAGCUCACCUUGAGAGGCAAGUCACACUGGGAUACCACAGCUCAGGGUCAAACUUUGACAAAAGUGCUCUUACCACUUCCUACUACUACAACAGUAAUCCCUUUUAUUUUGCACUGGGAAAAUAGAAACUGAUAGGUUCAUUUCUUAAUUUGCCACUCUGUAUGGCCCCAUUGGGGGGAGGGGAGGACAACUAUAUAUGGUUGGCACAGAGGGUACAUGUGCCCAUAUUUGGGCCUAUUUAAAGGGCCUAAAA